AUGGUCAUCAAACACGACGCACCAAGCAAUCUACCCGACAGGACAGCAAGUGACAGCAUCUAUGCCAAUCCCAACGUCACUGACAUCGAGGACAACGAUAUCACAGCCGAACGAGAUGGUGCUUACGUACCUGAAGUUGACGAGUCCGGCUAUCGGAUUCGCGAAGAACCUUACGGCACGAAGCGACAUGUCCGGGUCGUCCUGAUGGGUGCUGGAGCAUCGACCUUGAACUUCCUGAAGAAAGCAGAGGAGAAAAUGCAAAAUGUGAAAGUCACAGUGUACGAAAAGAAUAGGGACGUUGGUGGAACUUGGUUCGAGAACGAAGCUAAUGGCAUUCAGCGCUAUCCCGGCUGCGCGUGCGACAUUCCUUCAGUGAACUACCAGUUCAGCUGGAAGAUCAAGUUAUGGACGCACUUCUACUCGUAUUCACCUGAGAUAUGGGAGUACCUCAAGGGCAUCUAUGAUGAGAACGACUUCAUCAACAAAUACGUCAAGCUUCAGCAUCAGAUCGAUCAUGCUGCAUGGGACGCAGAAGCAGGCGUUUGGCGAUUCAAAGUGAAGAACAUCGUUACCGGUGAUGUUUUCGACGACGAAGCAGAGUUCUUCAUCAACGCUGGUGGCGUACUGAACAACUUCAAAUGGCCGGACAUCCCAGGACUACAAACUUUCAAAGGCAAGCUCAUGCACUCUGCUGCUUACGAGGAGGGUUAUCCAAUCGAGGGCAAGCGAGUCGCAGUCAUCGGGGCGGGCUCCAGCGGUGUCCAGAUAGUGGCCAAGCUCACCAAAACGACUUCACAUAUGUACCACUGGGUUCGAAGUCCGAUCUGGAUUACAGCUGGCUUUGCGCAGACAUGGGCAGGAAAUGAGGGCUCCAAUUUCGAAUACACCCCCGAACAGCAGAAGUAUCUCGAGGAGAAUCCGAAAAAGUACCUAGAAUAUCGGAAGCAGAUCGAGAAUGAGCUGAAUCAAAGGUUCAAAUUUAUCAUCAAAGGAAGCCAGGAAGCGAAGGAUGCGAGAGAUUUCAGCUACAAGCAGAUGUCAAAGCUUUUGAAGGGCGACGAAAGACUAGUCGAGAAGAUAAUCCCGAAGAAUUUCAACCCCGGUUGUCGAAGGCCGACGCCCGCUCCAGGAUAUCUUGAGGCACUCGUAGCCCCUAAUGCGACUAUCUUCACGGAUGCAAUCGGCCGCAUCACCGAGAAAGGCUUCCUUGACCACGAAGGUAAGGAGCACGAAUGCGAUGUGAUCGUUUGUGCGACUGGCUUCGACACAUCCUGGCGACCUCGCUUUCCUCUGGUCAAUGGUUCUGGCGUCGAUCUUCGAGACUUCUGGGCAGAUGAAGUGGUUUCUUACCUCUCCAUCGGCAUUCCCACAUUCCCAAACCACUUUACCUUUUGCGGUCCAUAUGGUCCCCUUGGUCAUGGCAGUUUCAUGCCGCUGAUCGAGAUGUGGACGAAGUACAUGUUCGACGUAAUUGAAAAGGCGCAGAUGGAGAACAUCAAAUCGUUCAAUCCUCGGCUAGAUCUCAGCAAGCAAUUCCGACAGCACUCGGAUUUGUUUCUGAAGCGGACGGCGUGGACUUCGGCAUGUAGGAGUUGGUUCAAGCAGGGUAAGAUUGACGGGCAGGCGGCAAUUUAUCCUGGGUCGAGGUUGCAUUUCUUCCAUCUGCUGGAGAGGGUGAGGUACGAGGAUUUCGAGAUGGAGUAUUGGGAUGAGAAUCGUUUCGCAUUUUUGGGUAAUGGCUUCGAUACUAGGGAGUUCGAUGGAAGGGACAUCACGCAUUAUCUUGGUCUUCUCAAUGGUGAAGACAAACAGCCGGAGUAUGGUGAUGAGCUCGUACACAAGAUGGCUGGUUGGGCGGUCGGCAAGUAG